UCAGAGUGGAUGUUAUGUUUUUAUCCUACCUACAAUAUUAUUAGUAAAAUUAAAAAAAAAUCAACGUCGAACGCGUGGCCCCACUCCCGCCGCUGCUACACACGAGCGCAAACUCAGCAAGCUAGGCCCAAAUUGGUGCAGAACGAUCAGCUGUCACGUAUCUGACGUGUUGAACACAAACAAAUCUGAUAUCCGGGGUGCUAUGCUGUUGGCAAGAUGAACGGUACGUUUUACGAGCAGCUAGGGGGUGUGGCUGGAUUAUUCGAGCAAUGGGGCACGUGUGAGCGGACGGUAGUUGCAUGUGCGCUGGCUCGAAGGGUCCCUUGGCCUGGCCUAAGACUUGUACAAAGAGCUGUGGAGGCAGCUCUGCAGAGCCAUGUCGAAGACGAGCGGCUAGAGAGAGAUGCUAAUGAUGAGACUCUCCUGGCAAGUCUACUCGCCGCUAGGGCGGAAGAUGAUGAUGAAGAAGACGGCGAGCGGCUGCGGCAGCUGGUGCGGCUGGUGCCGCUGCUGCGCACGGACAACGAGCGCGCCAAGAGCGUGCUGGUGGGCGCGGCGCCCGCGCUCGUGCAGCGCGUGCUGGACGCGCCGCGCCGCCACGUGGCGCCCGACCUGUGCCGCCAGCUGCUGUCCUACCUGCUCGUGCACCCCGCGCUCACGCUGCACGACCAGAGAACGUUAACGCAAUGGCUUCGCUAUUUAGAAAAUCAUAUAUCGGGCAACAGAAACACAGAAUCGGUGUGGCAGCAGAGGAUAGAACCGUGUCUAUUACCCGACACGAACAUCUGGGCGAACAACAAUAGCUUUAGACGGACUAUCGGCAAGAACGUCGAGUUCAGAGGAAUACUAGACUCAGUAGACCAAACGUCUUAUACGGACAUUUUACAAGAAUCCUUCUCCAAGAACGGGAGAGACGUGGACCUCAGCCUAGACGGUGAAAUGUUAAAUUUUGACGCGGCGAUAGCUCAGCCCAAGUCGCAAAGAUCGAACAGUUUAACCCCUCCUUCCACUAAUUUCAUGCACAUGUCGUCAUCUGCUGAGAACUUAAGUGAUGAACCUUUCGUCCAGAAACCUAGAAGUUUUUCCCUCUCUAGUGAACAUAGUUUAAGCCAAUUGCGACCUAUUAGUAUAAUGUACGGAACGACGGGGAGCGAAACCAGACUAGACGACCUCAGAUCGAAUAACUUCACGGAACAUCCCGGCAUGUCGACCGUAGCGCAGUGGCUGAAGAGUUUAAGGCUACAUAAGUACGUGUGGCUCUUCACGAACAUCACGUAUGACCAAAUGAUGGCCAUUGACGAGAAAUAUCUUGAAAAAUUAGGUGUAACAAAAGGUGCUCGACACAAAAUUCUUCUGUCCAUUAAGAAAUUGAAUGAACGGGGAGCAAUAUUAGAAGGAAUCCAAGCUGAGCUGGCUUCAAACAAUGGAUCGGUAUUGAGGGCCCUGGAAAGAUUAAGAGGAGUGCUGUUAUCACCGAUGCCUCCAGGGUCUGAACUUCCAUCUGCUGUUGUUGCAGCUCUUGAUCUUGUAGCGAGAGCAUCGCAGUCACGUGUGUAUGCGACAGCCGCGCGAGCCGAGCCCGGCGCGCUCGACCCCGUCUCGCUGCACUGCUGGCUCAUCGAAAAGGCGCUGCACCACGAGGCGUUCUCGUGCGGCGAGCUGCAGAGCGCGCUGCGCCGCCUGCGCCACCGCCUGCCGCCGCGACAGUUCUUCCACCUCGUGGGCGACGCGCCGCACCGCCGCCUCAAGCACAGGUGGCGCACGCCGCAGUGCCCGCUGCGCCGCUGGGCGCCGCCGCCGCGCGGCAAGUCGCACUCGUACCCGCCCUUCCCCCCGCACGGCCUGCCGCGCCCCCCGCCGCCGCCCGCCGACGACUACUCCGGCCUGGACGCGCUGUGCCUGCAGAUGACGGAGCAGGCCAUCAACUAGGGCCGCGCGCCGGAGGGUCCGCGUCUGAGUGGUCUUAUUAUUUAUUGGACGGUGUGAGUUUUAUUGAAACUUGUCUGAAUACUAUCGGACCGCCGAGUUUGCGACGUCCCUGUAUAUUUUAUUUGAGUGACUCGACUCGACUUUACGCUGCAGACGUUUGAUCGAGUCGUAUUGAUUGUAUUCACCGAGAAUCGGAUGCCUCCGCGAUGAACUCACUUUUGCAUCAUAUUCAUCUUGUGAAUAUGAAUAUUUUUAAUUUUAUUUAUAUUGAUUAUUGCUAUUGUAUUAAUUAUAAUUAAUUUAUAAUCGGAGAGGUGUGUCGUUUUUAUUUGUGAGUCGAAACCGAAACGAUGAAAACGAAAACAUUUGUUUACGAGAAAACUUUAUUAAGAGCACAUUUAUUAUCUGUGACGAAUACAUAGACAUUAAGCAUCUAUAGAUUAAGAUAAGAUAAUAAGAAACAAUUACAUCGACUGUAUCCGCCUCUGUCGAAAAUAGUUUAAUAUGAAGAUAAUAACAUGAACAAUACAUUUAAGUCUUCAUGUUCGAUUGAAGAGAUAUUAUAAUUCACUUUUUAUGUGAAUUUUUGUAAAUAUCAUGAGUUUUUUUUUAUUACAAAUAUAUUAGCUAAUUGUAUAAAUGCUAUAUCCUAAUUUCUUUGGUGCUAUUCUGCAAGUUUUUAUUUUUCAGUAAGUCAUUAGUGAUAACUUAGCUAGGGCUAGAUACUGUUAUAAUUUAUAAUUACGUUUAGAAACAAUGGGUAAUAUAGCGGAGCUUAUAAUAGAAUAAUGGGCACAAAUCGGCCUAAAACGAUUAGACGGAAUGGAGGUCAUUUGAAUGUAGAUUUAUGAUAUUUGUUGUCUGUGGAGUGUUUGUUGACAUUUAUUAUCUGUUACAAGUUGCACGGUCGCAAUCCGGCGAGCAUAUUGUGCAUUAACAUAAAAUAGACUUAUAAGUAAUUGUUGACUGACUGCAUAAUUUAUAUAGCUAAUGUUCAUUUCCAUAGAUUAUUAAUUUUAUUUUGUUUUUAAUGGCAUUAUAUUUAUAUUGUAAAUCUUUGACUGGAUCAAAAAUUUUGAUUGAAUUUUGUGCAAUUUUAUAUUAGUUUGAAAUUUUCAUUGAAAAUAAACAUGAAUAACAAUAUACACAUUGUGUUUAAUAUUAUAUUAUUUUACUUUAUUUAUAAAUCUGAUAAUUGUUUUGACAAUUAAUGUAGUUACUGCAUUCAUGAAAUGAAAUAACCAUUCACACGA